AUCAGAGGCCACUUUUAGUCUACAACAGACAUCCAGUCUCCUGACUUCCUGGCACAUUUUGGUUUUUAACCUAUAAAACACUAUUAUCUUUUUCUUCUGAUGAAGGAUGCCUGAAAGUCAAGGGAAAGAGAGCGAAAACCACAUCAGCAGCAAUAGUUCCAGCACCAGCAAUGCAGUUUCUUGCUUCGGACAGUAUCAAUACACAGCCAGUGAAUACCAAGCUAUCCAGCAUGCUCUUCGUCAGAGACUGGGUCCAGAAUACAUCAGCAGUCGGCAAGCUGGAGGAGGACAAAAGGUCUGUUACAUCGAGGGUCACAAGGUAAUCAGUCUGGCCAAUGAGAUGUUUGGCUUCAAUGGCUGGGCUCAUUCAGUCACUCAGCAGAAUGUUGACUUCGUUGACCUCAACAACGGCAGGUUCUAUGUGGGGGUCUGUGCAUUUGUGAAAGUUCAGCUUAAAGAUGGAUCAUACCACGAAGAUGUGGGGUAUGGAGUCAGUGAAGGCCUAAAGUCUAAGGCCUUGUCCCUAGAAAAGGCAAGAAAGGAGGCAGUAACAGAUGGACUGAAGAGGGCACUCAAGUGCUUUGGGAAUGUUCUUGGGAACUGCAUCCUAGACAAAGACUACCUGCGAGCCGUCAACAAGCUGCCACGCCAGAUACCCCCUGAGUUAGAUUUGGUCAAAACUAAAAGAGAGGACUAUGAGCCUGAAGUAGAAAAAGCAAGAUACAAUAGCUGUUUGGAAAGGCAGACCGCAGGAGGGAGACAACAUUCUGAGGUGGCAUCUCAUUGUAACCCUGGUCAGCCAGAGGCUGCUGUAGUGACAGUGAAUCAGAAACAGCCAAAUAACUCCAGAAAUACAGACUCUGCAACUAUUGAGUGUGAUGCCACUUACCAGCGGAAAUUGCGACAGAAGCAGCUACAGCAACAGUUCCGGGAACAGAUGGAGAAAAAGCAUCAGAUCCCAGUAGUUACUCCUGACAGCAAACAGGCAACACCCGAUCCUCCUGUGAAGCACAGCACUCCAGCAGUAGUACAGCAGGAACUACCAAUAGAAGAGGAGUUCUUUGCAGAUGAUCCUGAACUUUGGGACAUUCCCUUGGAUACCAUUGAUCUUAAGAUAAUGGGUCAUAAAAUGGCAGACCCACCAGCUGGACACCGGACACCCGAAACACCCCGUGGACGUCAUCAAAUGACUACCCGAAACAGGACACCCCACAGAAUGAAUUGCCACAAAGCUUCUGCCAGACUUGCCCAGUUGCAGCCAGGUGCUACAAUGGUGAUCCACAGCAGCUGUGCCAACCAGAACAGCCCAGGGUGCAGCCCCCACAGGAGAAGUCAAAGCUUGAAGAAGAGGAGGCUUGAACCCACGUAAGACACCUGGUGGUACCCUCACCUCCACCCCACGUUACCUCAGAAGGCUGCAGUUGGUUGGUCAAAUUAUGCGAGGAAGUCUAACACAUUAAUGAAUUUUCCAAUAUAUUCUGGUGAAGCAACACAGAAGAGUUUAAUGCAGCCAGCAAGAACCUGAUGUACUUUGAGGUUAUUACAUGUUUCAGAUGCCUUUUUCUAUAAACAGGCAAUCGUUUGUGCUUCUGCAGCACGGGACUCCUGGACUGUGUCACAAACUAACAUUACACCUAAUUUGCCUGAAAUGGGAACAGAAUUAAUCUUUAAAGCGAGAUGCAAUCCAUAGCUUCUUUCUCUGUAUCAGCACAGAGAAAAGAGAUUUUUAUUUUUUUUAGUAAAACGGAGAGAGGGUGGGCUCUGGGCAGCUGCCAAAGCCGACGCGCUGUGGUCUCCCCUCGGCUGAGGGUGUGAAGCUGCCUCUGCUGUGCAGCCCAGCCCUUCGCCCUGCGGCUGCACAGACAGGGCCAGAGCCCGUCCCUCCUCAUCCUCAGCUCCUUCCUCAGCGCUGGGGCUACUGCCAGGCAGUUUGACAUGGCACCUCAGGCCGUGUUUGCUUGCACCCUUUCUAAAAACGAUCGGGAGCUGCACUUUCUGGUUUUAAAUAAGCUUUCAACCCUUUUCGGUAGCAAAAUAAACAUGAAAUUUGAAAAAAAAACAAGCCACGCUUGUAGCUGUUCGUGCCUCUGUGCCCUUUCAAAACAUGACUCGGUUCCUGUUUAACAAGCUCAAGGUGAACUCAUUCUGACGAGUGACAAGCUGAAGAGACCACCACCACAUCUGCACAGCUCUGAGCUUGCCUUAACGUGGGCAACAGAAAACUUCAAGUGGGUUUUAAAGGUUAGAGCAAAGCAACCACUGUUCCUUCUAGUAACAAGGUAAAAGGAAGAAUUUUUAAGCAGUGUUUCAAACUGGAUUGAAAUUUAUUUUUUUUUUUAGUAUUUUUGAGAAAUGCAGCGCUGGAGACAAGGAGGAUGAUACCACAUGACUGAGAGUUAGAGCUGGCCCAGGAAAAUUUACACAAACUCUUUUGCUUAGUGCAACCCUGAAAUCAGUGUCAGACUUGAAACAGGACCCUGUUCCUGUGCUUUGCAUCACUGGUCUCUCUGGCCAAGUCUCUUAAAGCAGCCCAAUGUCAGUACAUUGGAGGUAUUCAGCAUUUAGUCCUUUACCUUCACCACUUAAUCGGUUGUUAUUCCUUAAAGAGCCUCUCCUAUCCACAGCACAAAGGACAAGGAUUGACUUCAGUAUGGAGAGAUAGGACAAAUUACAAUUAACUGUAAUAGAUUACAUUUAAAAAAUAAAAUCAUAGAAUAUCUAGGUUGGAAGGGAUCUUCAAGAUCAUCUAGUCCAACCAUCAACCCAACUCUGACAAAAAUCAUCA